AUACAUGGGUUGCACCAACGUCACAUCCGCAAGCCAGGAAACCGGAAACCGCCAUGUUUGAGAACACUUGCUGCGGAGAUCGUGCUGGGUCGUGUACUCUGCAGUAGUAGAAGACCGACAACUCCAGAUUCACGAUGACAAUUUGUGCCAUUUUUGGCUGCAGAACGAGAAGCGAUUCUUCUGCUAUCAAGGACAAGGCACAGCCACACAUCGGACUGUUUAGUUUGCCCGCGGUUAUUAAGAACCAGUGUGAACGAACGAGGCUCUUGUCUGAGCAGCGCCGGAGCGUUUGGCUGGCAAGGAUAAAUAGAAAGGACUUGAAGAAUGACAAGUAUGUCCGUGUUUGCGGUCUUCACUUCGUCAAAGGGAAGCCUGCCUGUUUGAUGGACGAUGGAAAUCCGGACUGGGCACCGAGUCUGCGGCUGGGCCACGGCCGUUAUGACCGCACUACUGUGGUUUCAUCCGCGCGUUACAUGCGGUGUAAACGGCGACAGCAGAACAAGCCACGUGCUGCUGCAGUGUGCAAGCAGCCCGUGAGGCCUGUAACGCCACCUGAGCACGCCAUAGGCUCGGAACUAGAGCCUGAUGAGCUCACUCCAAUGGGCCCCAUUCUGGAGUCUACUACAACGACAGAGGCAGAAGUCCAAACUGAGCUCACGUGCAGAGACCUCCAAUUGCUAGAAGAAGAUUACCGCAAACUAUCCGUUGAGCUGGCCACGUUGAAACAGCAAAAAGAGGAAAUGGAAAUGUCGGAGGCGUCCCUGCGUGAAGACCCCAACAAAGUGUCAUUCUACACAGGCCUUCCAAAUUUUGUAGUUUUAAUGGCUGUGUUCAACCUGCUAGAGAAGUUUGUUAAACACACACCACAAAACUCAUUGGUAAAGUUUCAAGAAUUUUUAGUGUUCUUAAUGAAGCUUAAGUUGAACCUGCCAUACCAAGACCUUGCUUACCGCUUUAAUAUAUCGGAAUCGACAGUAUGUCGGAUAUUUGACAAAUGGCUACACGUUGCAUUUUGCAGACUGAAGCCUCUGAUGUCAUGGCCCUCAAGGCAAGCAAUAAGGAGGACAAUGCCUCAAGCCUUUUUUGAAUCAUUCGGAGAAAAGGUAGCGGUCAUAGUCGACUGCUUUGAGAUCAAGCUUGAACGGCCGUCAUCCCUGCAACCAAGAUGUCAGACUUGGUCCCAGUACAAAUCUAGCAAUACAGCCAAGUACCUUAUCGGAAUAUGUCCUCAGGGAGUGAUCACCUUUAUUUCCGAUGGUUGGGGAGGCAGGACCCCUGACAAACAUAUUACUGAACACUGCGGCAUUCUUGACCAUUUAUCUCAUGGUGAUGUGGUACUGGCUGACAGAGGCUUUGAUAUUGCCGACAGUGUAGGCUUGUACUGUGCAAAGCUCCACAUACCUGCAUUCACCAAAGGCAAAAGACAAUUGUCAGCAGUGGAUGUCGAGGCAACGAGAAAUAUUGCAAAUGUCAGAAUUCACGUUGAGAGGGUGAUCGGCUUGGUUCGUAACAAGUAUGUCAUAAUGAAAUCCGUUCUGUCACUAGAGUAUGCGACUCUCAAACAGGGACACCAGUUCACACCUCUAGAUAAAAUCGUCAACGUUUGCUGUGCACUGACAAAUUUCUGUCAAUCUGUUGUUCCUGCAAAUCCAGAGCCAUGUAGCUAAGCUUGCCGAGUAUGCGUGGUAUUUGGAAAAGGCUAUUCUUGCACGAUAAUGUGAGAGAGAAUAGUCUAGAGGAAUUUGAACUCCCACAAGUAAUGCCGGAAGAAGUAAAGAACGCCUUGGGAGCUAUGCAAAGAGGGAAACCAGCUGGGGAGUAUCAGGUAACAGCAGAUUUGUUGAAGGAUGGUGCGCACAUUGUUCUAGAAAAACUGGCCACCCUGUAUACACAAUGCCUCAUGACCUCGAGCGUACCGGAAUCUUGGAAGAACACUAACAUAAUCCUAAUCCAUAAGAAAGGGGACACCAAAGACUUGAAAAAUUAUAGACCGAUCAGCUUACUGUCCGUUACCAGGCAGGAUUCCAUAAAGGCUACUCAAUAGACCAUAUUCACAAUAUCAAUCAGGUGAUAGAGAAAUGUGCGGAAGAUAACCAACCCUUAUAUAUAGCUUUCAUUGAUUACGAGAAAGCGUUUGAUUCAGUCGAAACCUCAGCAGUCAUGCAGACAUCAUGGACUCGGGGCAUAGACGAGCCGUAUGUAAAUAUACUGAGAUAUAUAGCGGCUCCACAGCCACCGUAGUCCUCCAUAAAGAAAGCAACAAAAUCCCAAUAAAAAAAGGUAUCAGGCAAGGAGAUACGAUCUCUCCAAUGCUAUUCACAGCGUGUUUACAGGAGGGAUUGAGAGACCUGGAUUGGGAAGAAUUGGGGAUAAGAGUUAAUGGAGAAUACCUCAGUAACUUUCGAUUCGCUGAUGAUAUUGCCUUGCUUAGUAACUCAGGGGACCAAUUGCAAUGUAUGCUCACUGACCUGGAGAGGCAAAGCAGAAGAGUGGGUCAAAAAAUUAAUCUGCAGAAAACUAAAGGAAUGUCUAACAGUCUCGGAAGAGAACUGCAAUUUACAAUAGGUAGCAAGGCACUGGAAGUGGUAAGGGAAUACACCUACUUAGGGCAGGUAGUGACUGCUGAUCCGGAUCAUGAGAAUGAAAUAAUCAGAAGAAUAAGAAUGGGCUGGGGUGCGUUAGGCAGGCAUUUGCAGAUCAUGAACAGCAGGUUGCCAUUAUCCCUCAAGAGAAAAGUAUAUAAUUGCUGUGUCUUACCAGUACUCACGUACGGGGCAGAAACCUGGAGGCUUACGAAAAGGGUUCUACUUAAAUUGAGGACGACGCAACGAGCUAUGGAAAGAAGAAUGAUAGGAGUAACGUUAAGGGAUAAGAAAAGAGCAGAUUCCAAGGGAUGGGAAGCGUAGCAGGGGGCGGCAGAAAGUUAGGUGGUUGAAUGAGAUUAAGAAGUUUGCAGGGAUAAGAUGGCCACAAUUAGCACAUGACCGGGGUAAUUGGAGAAGUAUGGGGGAGGCCUUUGCCCUGCAGUGGGCGUAACCAGGCUGACGAUCAUGAUUGUUGCAUACACUGUGCAAUUUACCUGUAACAAAUUUUUACCUGUAAUUUUUUUACUGUACUCGGCAUAGAGGCUGCCAGUUCUCUCUUAGCAGAACAAAACAUCCCAAACAUCGCACUGCUUGAUUUUAGAGCAGACUAUCAAAAAUUUUUUUCUGGUUCGUACUAUCAAUGACUGAAAUUAUCAAAAGCGAUUGUUCAGUGUUCCGACCUAGAAGUUUUGAAAACGCCCUUGCGUAAUAUUUUUGUCUGUUUUGAAUUUGUAUGUUUGUGACCCAUAUAAUAUGCAAUUUUGUUCGAAUCUAUCUUGCAAUUGUUUGUUUGCACCUGUCUGGGAGCACUAUACUGUUUCUAGUUGCUUUGCUUGAAACAUUAUUUGUAUUCCUGCUGAUGCAAUGAUACGUUGAUGUUUUGGAUCUUACUUCUGGUUAAAGUAUGGCUUGCUUUGUGAAUGGUAUCUAGGAAACCAAUUUUGUUCAGAUGUUUUGUUAAGUUGUACUUUUUUUAACCUAAAUUCUGUGACCUGAAUUAUCAAAUGUCUGAUUUUACACUAUUUGUUUGUUUAUGGGGUUUUACGUCCCAAAAUGACUCGGGGUAUGAGAGACGCCGUAGUGGAGGGCUCAGGAAACUUCGUCCACCUGGGGUUUUUUAACGUGCACUGACAGCGUACAGUACACGAGCCUCUAACAUUCCGCCUUGUAUUUCUAUUUUAUAUUGCUCUGUAAUCGCA